UGUUAAUAAAGUUGCCGCUGUUUGACGUUCGCGGCGGACAACAUGGCGGCGGCCGUGGUGGGCUGCGUGCUGCGGCGGGUCCAGCAGUUGGUUCCUUUAUCAGCUUCAGGCCAAAUUCGAGGUUACUACGUAGACUGGAAAAUGUUGCGUGAUGUGAAGAGACGAAAACUGGCCUAUGAAUAUGCGGAUGAGAGGCUGCGGAUCAAUUCGCUGAGGAAGAAUACCAUUUUACCAAAAGAUCUUCAGGCAGUGGCUGAUGAAGAAAUUGCGGCCCUUCCCCGGGACAGCUGUCCUGUUAGGAUCAGAAACCGGUGUGUUGUGACAUCCCGGCCACGUGGUGUGAAGCGGCGCUGGAGGCUCAGUCGCAUCGUCUUCCGUCACUUAGCCGACCACGGGCAGCUUUCUGGGGUGCAGCGAGCAAUCUGGUAAAUGGGGUGCAGGGACCCAGCUCUGGAAAAGAGAGACUGUUCUGAUAGUAAAACCGUGGCUUUAGAGGUCCGGUGUAGCUGUCCGGAGCACCUGAUGCUGUGCGUGAAUUCCUGUGAAAUGUUAAAUGAAGAAAUGCGAUGCUUCAUCAGUGGGCUUAACAGACUAAAUGUACUGUUCCCAUACGUGGUACAAAGCGUGGACUAAUAAAAAGUACUUUCUGUGAAAAUA